AUGCAUCGUCAGUCGGUUUUGCGGCUGGCUCGCCAGAGCGGGAGCCUCCCGCUGGUCGAAUUGCCCCCUCCCUACCUCGCCCCGUCGCUCCAUUUCUCCCUGAACCGGUCGUCCGUCCAGAGCUCGAACUUUUCUACCACCGCUGCCGUCGCCGCUCGUGGCCGUGGUGAUCUCAACAAGACCCGCGGCGUGUCUGCUAUCCACGCCACCGGUCCCAAGUAUCGCCUGGGUGUGUCGAAGUACCCAUUGCCUAAGCCCGUCUCUCCGGGGGCCCUCCCGAAGCGCAAUCCCACCCCGGACCACGGACUCUGGGGAUUCUUCCCUAAGAACCGAGAGGCCCUGAGUACGCCGACAUAUGACAUUGAGUUCGGCCGUGCGUGGUCCAUCCAGGAGCUCCGUGAAAAGUCGUGGGAUGACCUCCAUGCUCUGUGGUGGGUCUGCGUCAAGGAGCGCAAUCGCAUAGCCACGUCCAACUUGGAGAGACAACGACUGAAGGCUGGUUAUGGCGAGUGGGAGUCUACCGAGCGGGAGCGGGUGAUCCGCGUCACGCAAAACGGCAUCAAGCACGUGCUCCGAGAGAGAUGGUACGCCUGGGAGGAUGCACAGCGUCUCUACAAGAAGGGUUACCGGCCCCAGGACCAGGAAGGCCAGGAUUCAGGGAGCUGGCCAGCUGUUAGUUGCGCGAAACCGGACGACAUGAUCGAUCCACCGCGGAAACAGCGCUGGAAAAGGGGCAGGAGACUCAGGAGGCGAGACUGA